AUGGCUUCGGAAGCAGAACCGGUCUCCGACGCAGCAUCUCGGGGUCCUCCUCACGGCGUGAAAGUGACGCCCAUUCCUCCUCCACAUAUUCCCUUUCCCACGGCUGCUUCCUCGACAGCUGCUGCGACGGCCACAUCCAUAGCAGCACCAACAGUAGCAUCGCCCAUGGCGCUGGCUGCUGUAUCCGACGAUGGCUCGCCGGCCGAGACGGCUGUACCGCCGCAGUCUCUGCUCUCGACCAUUCCCCAGAAGCGCGCUCUCGGCGACGAAGACCACACGCCGGCAGUGCGAUCGCCACUCAAUCCCGACUCGCGAGCCACGCCCGACGUGUCCGUGGUGGCGCCGGCGCGCGAGAAGCGGACCAAGAAGGACUCGCUGAAGAAGCGCGAGUCCAAGAGCUCCGAAGCAUCACGAGCCACGCCCGAGCCGAGGCGCAAAGAGAACAGUUCGGGCGCAGGCGGUGGUGGUGGCAGCGGCAGCAUCCACAGCAGCGGUGCAGAGGUUGUGGAUGGUAGCACACCCAGCGACGGACUGCCAGUGCGGGUGCGUCUGGCGGUGCCGCUGCGGCCGAGCGACUUUGACCAGCCGGCGAGCCCCAUCUUCCGCAGCCAUCACAGCGCAGAGGUAGCCAGCGGACAGGAGGUUGAGUUUUUCGAGCUGUUUACAGAGCAGCCCAUCAACCGUAGAGGUUACGUCUACGAGAGCGGCAUCGCCGACCCGCGGUUCCCGUCGAUCAACUACUUCCGGCAGACGGAGCCCAAGCCGCACUAUGCGCACUUCUGCUUUGAGGACGCUCCGGCAGGCAUGUUCUUCGACCAGUCGGGGCUGCAGGUGAACGGCGACGCAGGCUUCCGGACGACACGGGCCAACGUGGCAGCACGCCAGGGUCGGUGGUACUGGGAGUGCAAAGUAACGCGGGGCAUCGUGCGGCAGGCCAAGGCUGGCGAGCCAGACGCGCGAGGACAUGUGCGCAUGGGUUGGGCGCGGCGGGAGGCGUCGCGCGAUGCGCCGGUGGGCUAUGAUGCCUAUGGUUACGGCGUGCGCGACCGCAAGGGCCAGAAGAUGCACAUGUCCCGGCCCAAGGACUGUUUCCUGGACGACGAGGACAUUCGCGAGGGCGACGUGAUCGGGCUAGAGAUCCAGCUGCCGUCCGAGGCGCUGCACCGCAAGACAGACGGCCGGAAUGGCGACACGGCCGAGGGGCCCAACGUGCUUCGAGACCGCAACCCGUUCCGGUUCCAGACGUCGAAGCUGGUGUUUGAAAAGUUUGACUAUCUGCCAAUCAAGGAGCUGGAAGACCUGGCCAACGCAGCACCGACGCUGUCGACGUCGUCGGCGGGUGCGAUAGAGCCGCCGAAUCCAAACCACGCAGUACCGUGUCUGCGGACGCUGCCGGGGUCGUUUGUGCGGGUGUACAAGAACGGGGUGCUCCAAGGAACGCCGUUCACGAACCUGCUGUCGUUCCUGCCGCCGGCCUCAUCGACCAAUGCCAAGAUGCAGGAGGGCGCGCGCGAGCGGCUGGAUGACGGCACGCUGGGCUACUAUCCGGCCGUGAGCACGUUCCGAGGUGGCGCUGUCGAGGUCAAUUUUGGUCCGCACUUCUGGUAUCCGCCGCCGGAGCUCGAGGCCGCCGCGGCCGACGACGUGAUGAUGGUUGACGUGGGCGGCGGCAGCAGCAGCGAUGAUGUGGCUGACCGCGGCUCCGGACUGCUGGCACCGUCGUCGCUGACUAAGCUGAGACCCGUGGCCGACCGUUACGAAGAGCAGAUUGCCGAGGACAUUGUGUACGAUCUGGUCGACGAGGUCUACUUCUGGGUCCUGGACGGAUGCAAGGCCGAGGCCGGUGGCGGCGAUGCUCCGGCGGGCGACGUGAACGAGGAUAUGUCCAUGGAUGAGGGAAUAUCUGUGUGA